GGUCGAGGGGCGGGGGAAGAUGGCGGCGUCCCUGUGGCUGAGCGGCGGCGGGGAGCGGCUGCUGCGGCUGCUGCGGGCCGGGCGCUCGGCGCUGGGUGCGGGGUUCUCCCUGCCCGCCCGGCCAGGAUGGAGGCACCUGCACGGCACCUGGGAGCUGCUGGGUACACCUGGUAUUAAAGUUCUUAUGCCUGCACUUUCUCCAACAAUGGAAGAAGGAAACAUUGUGAAAUGGUUAAAAAAGGAAGGUGACACAGUGAAUGUUGGAGAUGCAUUGUGUGAAAUUGAAACGGACAAAGCAGUGGUUACCAUGGAAUCAAGUGAUGAUGGCAUAUUGGCUAAAAUACUGGUGGAAGAAGGAAGCAAAAAUGUUCGCUUGGGCUCACUAAUUGGUCUGCUGGUAGAGGAAGGCCAGGACUGGAAGCAAGUUGAAAUACCAGCUGAUGCUGGAAGUCCACCUUCUGUGGCUCCACCAGCACCUGCCUCAGCUCCUGCAGCUCCUUCAGUUUCAGCCCCUCCUAAACUGCAACAUCAGCCUGGGAAAUUGCAGGUUCGCUUGAGUCCCGCAGCUCGCAACAUUCUGGAGACACACGGACUAGAUCCAAGCAAUGUUACACCUACUGGGCCUCGAGGAAUCUUCACUAAAGAGGAUGCUCUCAAACUUCUGCAAGAGAAGCAGAAAGGUAAACCCAGUGAACUGAAACCUGUGGUUUCUCCAGCUCCUGCUGCAGUGCCUUCUCCUUCUCAAGCACCAGCCAUGACUUCUUAUCCAAGGCCAGCAAUUCCACCAGUUUCCAAACCAGGACAACCUGCUGCACUGGGCACGUUCACAGAAAUCCCAGCUAGCAACAUCCGAAGAGUAAUUGCUAAGAGAUUAACAGAAUCUAAAACCACCAUACCUCAUGCAUAUGCUGCUGCUGACUGUGCCAUUGAUGCUGUUUUGAAAUUAAGAAAAGAAUUGGCCAAAGAUGACAUUAAAGUAUCUGUAAAUGAUUUUAUUAUCAAGGCAACAGCAGUUACUCUGAAGCAAAUGCCAGAUGUGAAUGUAACGUGGGAUGGGGAAGCCUGCAGGCGGCUGCAGUCCAUUGACAUCUCCAUUGCCGUGGCAACGGACCGAGGGCUCAUUACGCCAAUCAUAAAAGAUGUUGCUGCCAAGGGAAUAAAGGAAAUUGCUGCCUCUGCAAAGGCUCUAGCAAAGAAGGCCAGAGAUGGAAAAUUGUUACCAGAAGAGUACCAGGGAGGAUCUUUUAGUAUUUCCAAUCUGGGCAUGUUUGGCAUCAGUGAUUUCACAGCAGUCAUAAACCCUCCUCAGGCCUGCAUCCUUGCUGUGGGCCGAGCAAGACCAGCGCUCAAGAUUGUGGAAGAUGAAGAAGGGAAUGAGAAACUUGAGCAGCAUCAGCUCAUGACAGUGACUCUCUCGAGUGAUGGUCGGGUGGUGGAUGAUGAACUGGCUUCAAAGUUUCUGGAGACCUUGAAAGCCAAUAUAGAGAAUCCAAUGCGACUGGCCUUAAAUUAAACUCAGUGAAGAUUGCUUCCUGUUUUGGCAAUAUAGAUAACUAUUAUAUACUUAGGGUUGUUUUUCUGUAUAGAGGAGUAAAUAGCUGAAGACGGACAGUUAAAAAUAUUUAAUUUAUUAAUUAAUGUGAAACACUCAUGAUUUUAGUCUUCUAUAAUAACCAGGUUUCGUACUGUAAAGCUAAAAGUUAACAUACCACGUUUCUUUAAACACAUAGUACCAAUGGCACAUGUGUUUGCAUAGGAGAGUCAAUCUCAUCUGUAAAAAAAACCUCAAUAAAACUUCAUGAAAUAUAAAAGGGAAUUAUAGAAUAAUUUGGGUUGCAAGAAACUUAAAGGUUGUCUAGUCCAGCUUCUCCUGCAAUGACCAGCGAUGCCUUCUGAGCCCCACUCACCCUGACCUUGAAUGUUUCCAGGGAUAAGGGAUCUUCUGCCUCUCUGGGCAACCUGUACUGUCUUACCACCCUUGCUAUAAAAAUCUUCCUUAUAUCUAGUUUGAAUCUACCCGCUUUCAGUUUAAAACUAUCACCCCUUCUCCUAUUGCACCAGGCCCUGCUAAAAAUUUUUCCAGUCUUUCUUAAAAGCCUCCUUUAAGAAUUGAAAAAAACAGAACUUAAUUGUGCAGUAUUCUCAGAGAGGUCCCAGUAUGAAAGGUCAAAUUUUGCACACUGAAUAGUUGCUGAUUAAUGCUGUUCUUUGCAUGGAUGGAAUGUAGAUGUAAGUAGAAAGUGUUUCAUCAUCAGUGUAUAUUGAAAUGUAACUUGGAGGCUCAAGUGCAGUGGCCUGAUCUUUAACAGAAUUAGAUUGGUAUCUUUCUUACAUAUAAAUAUGGAACCACAUAUUGCAUGUAAAUAUUAUGAAAUAACUGUGUUUACAGGACCUCAUGAGAAUAUAAAUUGUCAAUAGAAUUAUGGGAGUUUGUCUUAUUCUGGUUUGUGCAAUUGCUUUUUCCUAAUGAUUUGUAGGAAUUAAUUAUGGCAGCAACUCAACAAGUAAACAGCUACUUGCAAGACAGCCUUUACUUUAAACUGACGUGAGAGUUUUUGAUAAAUGAGUUUGCUUCUUUAGCUUCUUCUUCUAUCAUAAAUUGUUCCGGCAGCCCAGGUGGCGCUCCCGCAGGUGAGGGCUGCACGGCUGCCCUGUGUCGCUGCAGUUCUGCGUGUGCUGCCAUCCCUUCUUGCGAGCCAGGGCUUUUCCUGCGCCCUCGGAGCCGCUGGAAGGCGCUGUUGCAUACAAGGAUGGGAUGGGAUGGGAUUUGUGUCCCGUCUCACCCGCAUGGGUGCUCUCAUCCGCUGUGCUGUCCCAGCACGCAGGGCAGCUUUUGCAGGUUAAAUAAACCUUUGGAGCUUCGGAACCGGGCAAGGCUAACACAAGGUUGAAUUGCAGUUUCUUUGCACCUGCCUGCUUUGCCAGCAUUGUUAUUUGAAGCAGAUAUAAUGUGUCAGUCAUCAGCCUGUGAAGGAAAUGUGUGGAGUUCAGAUGGGUGGUAGCAGUCAGAUCUCCUUAAUUCAGAGGAAAUGUACCCUUUGGCAACAUCUAGCACUUCAGCAGAAGUAAGACAACAAAUAUGUGCCCAUACAGAUUAAAUAUUCAGUACCUUCUUGAUGAUUUGGGAUAGGAACAAUGGGUAAAUUGCCAAAAAGUGAAUAAUUGGUAAUGGGUAUGCUUGCUUUUGAAGCAAAUUUUCCUCAAAGUAAAUUUUUUCAGAUUAAAAAUUUAGCUUUCUCUAUUUUAUUCUUUCAAAUGUCUUCUGACAGCCUAUUCUUUACAUACCAAAGCAAGAAAUACAAUGAAGACAUCUAUUUUCGUGAAUAAUUUUUUAUAAAACAUAAAAAUGGAGUAUACUAACAUGAGCUGGAAAUGUGUGCCUUUAAGAUACAUACUAUCUUUGUAUCAUUUUCCAUUGCAGGAGGCAUGAUUGGUGAAAAAAAAGCUAUUUUGUACUUUGUCAUUGUUGGCAAAUAUUGAAUUGUGUGUCACACUUUAAUCCCUAAUUACAAUGUCACAAUAUUUGACUUUUGGGCAUUUUUUUUUCCUGCAAUCUACUAAAAAUAAAAUUUCUGUAAUUCCUGCUUGAUGCUGUAUCCUGCACCUCAGGAUACAGUUGGCUCUACUGGCUGCCAGGGCCCACUGCUGACUCAUAUGCAGUGAUGUUCCAUUCUGUUUGUCCCAAAAAUGUUGAAGGCAUAGAAAGCAGAUUCCUCUAAGCCAGUAUAGCAGUUACAUCCAUAAUAGAUUAAACAGGGAAAAAACUGAUAAGCUGAAAGUAUCUUUCAGCAUGUUCUUUAGUUAAGCAUAAGGUUUGAACUUUAAACUUGGGAUUUCUUUCUGUGUAGUCAUGCUUGAGUGAAUCAGGAGGAUGUUCAUGGUAGCAGAUGUGUAGAAACAUGUCCAAGAAACACAGAAACUUAGGAUCUGGGUGAAAUCACGUGUUGAUUGAACUGGGGUGAAAAUCACUCACUGGAAGCUACAGGCUGCUCUGCAUGUUUACUUUACAAAAUCUGCAUCUUUCAUCUUUAUCAGUGAAAAACCAUCACUGUUUGCCUGAACUCUGUUUGUGCUCCUUCACUUUUACGUCAAUUUUGUUUCAACUUGUAGGUGUUGUGGUACAUAAUUAUUCAGCUACAGUAACCAUACUGUUCUUCCCUUUCUCCAUAAUAAUGGCCCUACCUGGCAAGUUAAACAUGUGUGUCAUUAUGAGACAAUAAGUAGCUGGAAAAUGACGGACAUUUCUGUUUGUUCUGUACCUGUAUUAAGGAAAGUGAUUCAUGUGACGUUAAUGAAUGCCACUAUUUAUCUCCUUAAAAGAUAAGAGAACAAGACAAGAUUCCCUUUUAUACUUUGGAAGCUUUUCUUGUGUCCUAGACCUAAACAGGAAGAAAGGGCAGCCGUGAACGUUUUUAUUUCUGCUCACUGUUGUAUGAAGAGUGAAUUGUUAAAGCAACAGAUCUCUUCUGCAGUUCAAUGAUUUUUUCAUUGUCUGUGUGACGUGUAUUACAGCACGUAAUCUUCAAUCUGCAGGAAUCUGAUAAAUUGAAGGAUACUCUCCAUUGGCCUAGCCAUCAAUUAAUCCCUGUUUCAGUUUUCUAUUUUAAGAAAUUAUUAUGUUUCAUUUUGCAGCUUUGGUACACUUUUAAUUUCUUCUCUGCCAAAUAAAUGAUAAGCUUACAUAUA